ACUCUCAUCCACUCCAAGUCCUCAUUGCACAGAACUUUUCCAGUCACUAACAGUCUCUCUUUUUCUUCUUACGUGAUAAAUAUAGCACUCAGAUAUCUUACAAAAACUCCCAGAGUACACACACACACACACCCAUCCUCUCUCUCUCUUACUCAACUCACAAAUAUCGGUUAGAAGCUCAUCAGUCACACAGACAAUAUAAAAGCAUGACAGACUGACCUUGUCUGAGGACACACUGUAAGCUAAGGGAGAGGGACAAACACGGCAAUAGAGACAGGAUAAAAAGAGAAGGAGAGCCGGACAGAGAGAAAAGAAAGAGGGAGGUCGUGAAGGCAGCCCUGGAGAACAAAGAGAGGAGUUACCAAGUCCAGUGGAGUUUAUUCUGAGCUGAGUCUUCUUGGAGCCAUUUGGACCAGAUCAGAAAAGCGUCAUCUCAGAGUGAACUCCUCACCUGCCUGUCACCUCCACUGCAAAACAUCUCUCCUUCUCAAGCACCACAGGUGGACUGCAUCUUUAAACCAUUACUGCAACCAACUCCUCUGCGUUUCGAUCGCAGCACAGUUUCUACCUGGCUUCUUCCUCCUUUUCUUCUUCCUCGUCAUCGUCUACCACACCGUACAUGGAGAAGGGCAGAGGAAUCUUUGCUGGGGACUUUGGGUCUUUCAUGCGCCCACCUCAUCAGGACACGCUGGGCUGUACAGGAACUGCAGGAAAGAUCAGGACCAUGGGAGACACAUACUUGUUCACUGUAGAUGUCAGUGACUUCUCACCAGAGGAUGUCAUCGUUACGACCUCAAACAACCAGGUUGAGGUCCGGGCCGAGAAGCUGGCAGCAGACGGCACAGUGAUGAACACCUUCACUCACAAGUGCCAGCUACCAGAAGACGUAGACCCCACCUCAGUGAUGUCAUCGCUUGGCAGUGAUGGUGCCCUGACGGUUAAGGCCCGGGCCAAACAUGAGCCUAUUCAGACCUUUCGCACUGAGACAAAAAUCUGAAGUCCUGCUUCGUAUUCACAUCACCCCUUCCCAAAGCCCCUGCACUUAUUAAUUCCCUCUUCACACUAAGCCCACUCCCAAUGUCCUGCUUACUUAUCAUCAUCUUCUACAGCAAAUCGUCGUACUACUGCCUGGUCUUGUCUCAUAUACUAAGGGUUACAAACUUCAGCCUGGAGAGCCUCACUCUGGCUGGCUUUGCUAUUUUUUAUUGGUCACUGUUAAUUAAGAUAGAUAUCCUCGGAUAUUAAACUCAUAUUAAGGAUAACUGGACAGAAAUGCUCAAGUGUAAUACAGCAUCUGCUUCAGUGGAUUAAGGUCUUACUCAUGAUGGUCCAUAGAAACAUGUAGCUACAGAAAUUAACAUUUAGAAAGUUUAAAGGUUGCAUGUUACUACAGAGUAGACCAAGGUCAGACCAGAAGUGGCACCUACUUUUAUGCUCGGUGCCCCUGGAAUAUUUAAGGACUUUGUUCAUCCAAAUCAGUAAUGAUGAUACUCAGAACUGAAAUAAAGAAAAAGCCAUAGAUUACCCAUGUAUAUAACUUUUUUCUGUAAACAAAAAAAAGUUUGUUUCUUUUUGGAACAAUUCAGUCCUCAUAUUAAACAGCUGAAAAUA